CCACGUUCAUCAGCAAAAAGAAAAAAGUGUGCACAAUAAGCAAGAAAAGGUGAUGUGUGUGUACGCAUGCGCGAGUGGAGAAGAAAAAGUGGCUUCUGUGACAGAAAUCUGAUUGCUCAGUCGACUGGAGGAGCAGCAGACGGCAACCACAGGUCGACUCUUCAUCAACGUUCUUCUGAAGACCACAUGAUGGAGUCCACCUCACAGAACCUGCAUGAUCAGAUCUCGGAGCUGCUGAAGCCUCACAGGGUCUGUCUGGUGACGCCCGUCGUCCUGAACCCCUCCGGUCAGACGUGUGGGCGAUCGGCCAGCAGGUUCGUGGUGCUGAGUCUGUGGAGAGGUUAUGUGGUUGUAAACAAGCAAGCCGUCAAGAUGGAGAGCAUGUUCAGUUACCUGGAAAUUUGCUCCAUCAACAUCCACAGCCCCACACAGAUCGUGCUGGAGACAGACAGGCAGACGCUGUCUUUCAGCGUGUCGCAUGUCGAGGAUCUCGAGGCCAUAGUCGGUCACAUGACCACGUCACUGAAGAGGAUCUUCCCUGAUUCGUCUCCCGGAAAGUUGAUCAAGACGAUUCCUCCGGAUCUCCAGCAGAGACUGGUCACCCUGACUGCUGUCACGGAGGAGCAGAUGGAUAGUCAGCCGGACUCCUGCGGGGGAUUCUCUGAUACCUAUGCUGCCCUGUGUGAUUUCAACGAGAUGCCAUUUAGAGAGGAGAUUCAGUGGGAUGUUGACAACAUCUACUACAUCCACGACUGGAGACAGUUCAACCUGCACGACUUCAGCCACUUGGACAGCAGAGACCUGGCGUUAGCCGUGGCAGCGUUGUCCUUCAACCAGUGGUUCACAAAGAUCUACAGCAAAGAGCUCAAACUGUCGGUGGAUGUCCAGCAGCAGUUGUCCUUCCUGCUGUCCAGGUCUCCCAGUCUGGAGGAGCUCUCACUGGAGGCCAGUGGACUCAAACUGGACUUUGCAGUCAAAAUGGCCGCCGCCCUGCGGGAGCACGCCUCCUCUACCCUGCACUCCAUCAACCUCUCAGGCAAUCCGAUCGAAGACAAAGGUGUGAUAGCUCUCAGUCAGGACCUGGGGAAUUUAGCUGAAGGACUCAAGCACCUUUCUCUGUCCCGGGUAUCAAUGACUGCGAAAGGCCUGGGCUGUCUGAGUCAGCUGUUAUCCUCCAACCCGCUCUUCUCAGCCUCUCUGACCCACCUCGAUCUGUCUGGUAACCCCAGUAGCCUGGUUACUGAGGAGGCCACGUUUCUCUUCAGGUUCUUGUCCAGCACUAACUCUCUGUCUCACCUGGACCUCAGUGAUACCAGCUGUCCCCUGGACACGUUAUUCGUGUCCCUGUCUUCUGGCUGUUGUGACAAACUGAUGCACCUGAACCUGGCGAGGAAUCCUUUCAGCCACAGAAAGGUGCGAGAGGUGACCAGGAGUAUCCAAGAGUUCUUCAGUCAGAGCUGUGAGCUGAGGUUUGUGGGCCUUUCUGCAACCAAACUACCUCCACAGGCUCUCAGGUUAUUACUACAGGGUCUGGCAACCAACACCCACCUCUUCGGGCUGGCGUUGGACCUAAGUAGCUGUGAGCUACGUUCAGCAGGGGCCCAGGUGAUACAGGAGCACAUUUCUGAGGCUACAGCUAUCAAAAGUCUGGAUAUCUCUGACAAUGGUUUUGAGAACGACAUGGUGACACUGGUUCUGUCUCUUGGACGUUGUCGCUCCCUUCAACGCCUCGCACUGGGGGGGAACUUUGCCAUGAAGUCCAGAGCUCUCACUGAUGUCCUCCAUCGCAUUGCUCAGCUCAUUCAGGACGAGGAGUGUCCCUUGCAGUCACUAUCACUGUGCGACUCCAAGCUGAAGACAGGGAUGCACAUCCUUCUGAGCGCUCUAGGGAGCAGAGCUGCCUUGGCCGAAAUGGACAUCAGUGGCAACAACAUCGGAGACACUGGAGCCAAAAUGUUGGCUAAAGCCCUGAUGAAUAACACGAAGCUGAGGACUCUAACAUGGGACAGAAACAAUGUCACUGCCAGGGGUUUCCAGGAUGUGGCUGAUGCCUUAGAAAGGAACCACACUCUGCGGCAGGUGUCUCUGCCCUUGGGCGACAUCACACAGAGUUACCGCAGCAACCCCGACAGAACAAAAGAGGCCCUGCACAAGAUUCAGCAGUGUUUGGACAGGAACAACCAGAGGCAGUUUGACAGAGUAGAGCUUCAGCGAGGGUUUAGAACUCAGCAGUCUGAAAAGCUGCUCCGAGGUAUGUGUCGGCAACUGGAGGACAGCGUCCAGCGUUUAAAUCACUGCGGCAUGCAGGAGGCCCAGGCUGACCUCCUGACAGCACACGAGGUGCUGCACAACGCCAGGGAGUCCUUCAAGCUGCUCCCCUCUCUGUACGAGGCAGGCAGGGCGUGUGCCUCCGAUGGAGACUUGGUGAACAGCAUCCUCACGGACACUGCUGCUUCACUGACCGAUGAGUUCACUCGAAGCAUACAGGAGAUGGUUCAAGGCCUGGCGAGGUGUGCAGAGGCGCUGUGUCCACGUGUGAUCCGGCAGUCAAGUGUGUGUGAGUGUCUAUCAGAGUGUGUGUCCAAAAGCAGCAAGCAGACACACGCAUUCCUGAGAAGCACUCUGGUGGAGAACGCAGGGAAGAUCAUCAUCAACAGACUCGGUGAACUCAGACAAACGUUGAGUGUCUCUUUGGCUGAAAGCAUCACCGAACAAGUACUGCAGGAUCUGACAAUGGCACAGAACAAAAUGGAUUGUCUUCAAAAAGAAAAUUCAUGCAGCGCUCUGAGACUCGACAUCCCAGAGCUCCGUCUGAUUGACAGUGACUUCCCAACUGAUGAUUACAGUCCGGCAUUCUGGACAAAUAGUUUCCACUCCAACAGCCUGAGGCCUGCAUCUUCAAUUAAGAGUCUCCUGGAUACAAACUGGGAGCAGCCGAAUAGGGACAGAGAAGCAGAGGGAGAGAGGGGAGGCAACGCCGGGGAGGAAGGAGGAGGAGAAGGUGGUGUCCCUCGACGGCCUACAGCAACCCCCCUGUCAGUCACGGCCCCGAGCCCCUCCCCCUCCCCCUCCACUUCCCCAGCCCCCUCCCCCCCGGGAUGGAGGCGGAGGAGGGAGGGGGAGGUGGUGGAUGCUGCAGUAGCAAUAUCAGGAGCGAGAAGAGCAUCGUUCAUUCCGCCUCUCGGUCUCCCCCUCCUUUUCUCCAUCUCUGCUCGAGCGCCAGAAGAGGAGGCUGUCAGCCGCGGAGGCUUAACCCGACGAGAGGCUCCCUUCCGUGGCUGCAGCCCCUGCCCAAGCCCCCUCCCCAGCACUGGAUCACUUGCCUCUCCCAUGGAGCCUCUACCCACCCAGGGACAGACUCUAAGGCACUACACCGCCUCUCGACCACGGCCACGACGCACACAUACACAGCCCCCCUCCUCCAGGCCUCAGGAGCCAGUGUCCAAAGUAGAGAAUGAGGCCAGUGAGGGGAUGGGCCGAGUGGACGAAGGAGUAGAGGAGUUCUUCACCAAGAAAAUCCUCCCUGACUAUGCACUAAAAGGCCGGUGGGAGGAUUCAAACCCUGCCCAAGCCACUCCCCCAGAGUCAAGCUCUACCCCCUCUGCCUCAACCCCCUUUUCCUCUUCAUUUGAGAAUAUCACCUCCUCUGCCACCACCACCACUGUCACCUCUCCCUCUGUCCCAUACACUGACACAUCCUUUACAUCCAAUGAUACCCCACCCCUCUCUACAUCUUCCACUCCCCCAACUUCCUCUUCUAUCACCACCACCACAAUUCCCACCAAAAACAUCAAGAAAAAGUUUGGCGACUUCUUCGCCUUCAAGAGGGCUCGGGCUGGCCGAGCCACCAAGGCAGGAGGGGGAGAGGGAGGAGGAGAGGGGGUGAAGGUCAAAAGGACCUCCAUUGCAGACCUUAUUCGACCACUCCGCGAGGCCAAAGAAAGGGAGAGAGAGAGGGAGAGGGACAAAGACAGAGAGAAGGAGAGAGGGGCAAGGUCAGUGGAGGAUGCUAACGUUUCUAAUGAUGCCGCCACCACAGAAGGAAUCGUUGCCACCGGCCACCAACUUGUAGGCGAUGCAAGGGACGGGAUGGCGCCUGCCAAUACAUUAACCACGACAACGCCUCCCAGUGAGACUGCUCCUUUUCACCCCACCGCCGCCACGAGCCCUGACCACAUCACAGCUACACUUUCCAAACUGGAAGAAGAGGCAAUCCAAGCGUCGUCAGGUCCCACCCCCAGUCCAGUGGUCACCUGCCACUUAACUGAGCCAGAGAGGAGCGGUGUGCUGAUGAAGGAGACGAGGAUGGGAGGGACUCCAUAUGGAGAGAGAAGACUGAAGGCGACCAAAAGAUCACUCAGAGAGGGCAAGAGCCAGAGUCUCAUACUGCUGACCGGACUGGAGCCAGAAGACAGGGAUAACACGCAGAGUAAGAAACAUGCGUCUGACAGCACCUCCAGCUUUGAGCAGAGGCUCCAGGUGAUGCUCCACAGAAUGGGCGUGGCCAGGAGUCCUCCUGCUGACACCAAGACCAGUAAUAAAGAAGAGGAGCUGAGAAAGGCCAACUCUGAAGGUGCUAUCCUUGACAAACCUCAACCCCCUCCCACAUUCAUGAAGCCCAGAACCAUGUCCACGUCAUCAGACCCCAGGCAUCUUAUUCGAGUGCUGGACCCCAUCCGACCGGACCCUCCCCUUCACCCGAAGCCCGCCCUCCCCGAGCGCCCCGUUGGCACCCUGCCUCCAAAACCUGCCGUCGCAGCCAAGCCUCCCCUCCCCACCCCGGUGGCUCCUGCUCGUCCGUCUUCUGCUCCUCUCUCUGGCAGCUUGGCAGAGCGAGUCCAGCUCAGAGCACACACACAGGAUGGCCGGCCGGCAGAGGGUACAGCACAGAAUGGAAGCCAGGAGGGUCCCCACGGUGCGGCCUCAGCCCCGUCCCCCAGGAGAGAGCUGCUUCCUCCAGCCCCGUCUCCAUGGAGGAGUCCCGGCGCACAGGAGCGCUCUGAGAAAGCACAAUCGGUGACAGACGAGUGUCUUCCCAAACCGCGCCAACACUUGAAGCCAAUUCCACAACGCAGAGCUGUGUCCGUCCAUGAGGACACUCUGGCCAUGACACAAGAGCUGAAGGCAGUGUUACAGAGGUCGCCCAUCCGUUUCCGGGGCAACAGAGGAGACCUGCCUACUUGCACCGAGGAUCCAGCCAGUGGGGAGAAAGAGCAAAGAGCGAAGGAGGGUGAGAGAGCCAGUGACACAGGGAAAGAGACAGCGGACGUAAAGAAGGAGGCUGUCCAGAAGGAGCAGCUCAAGGCAGAGAAAGGUGGAGGGACGGUAGCUGAAACCAAGCACCCCCCUCCAGGGGAGCAAGAAGUCCCGGGCUCCGGGUGUCCCUCCUCUACAGCUCCGGCUCGACAAGGAGCACCUGCCCCCCGACUCUGCAGUCCAGCCGCAUCCCUCAUCAAAGCUCCGUCCGCCCCGGAGAGGCCCCCCGCACUGACCCAAACCCUGGAGAAGCCCUCUCUGACCUCCACAUUCCAGAAGAAGAGCCCCAGCACAGCCCCAGCACUGGCCCCAACUCUCGAAAAACUGCUGGUGUCCCCGCCGCCCCGAGACAAGACCUCCAGCACAAUCCCAGCCGCAUCUGAAGUUCCAGAAAACCCCCACGUGAGUCCGGUGUCCCACAAGAAGAAGAGCCCUGGCACAGUGGAUCUAGGAAACAGCACACAGGAGAGCGGAGAGGCGCUCUCUGAACAGCACACAGUGAAGGCAGAGCCAGCAGACCAAAGAACUGAGCCCCCGCCGUCUGAAUAACACACACACACACACGCACACACAGACUUACCUGAGGAGAGAGAGGGGGAGGGGUCUGUGACAUCACUGAGACCAGGAGCAGGGAGGGUACAUGAGUCAGAGUCUGAGAGUAGUGGAAAACAUCUGCUGCGUCCCACGUCAGGAGUGUUCUCUUCAAAAGUCUGAGAAAUAGAUAUUAUUAAGAUCCCAAACUUUGGUUUUGUCUGCAGAUAUGAAGCGUCAGAUUUUUGAUUCUGCAGAUCCCCCCGAGCAGCAAAAUAUGCAAACGUGAGCUGCAGCAUGUCAGCGUCACACACACCAACCGAGCAUCUUCACAGUCUCUCAUCAAAAGUGAUGAGCGUGUGUGUGUGUGUGUGUGUGUGUGUGUGUGUGUGUGUGUGUGUGUGUGUGUGUGUGUGUGUGUGUGUGUGUGUGUGUGUGUGUGUGUGUGUGUGUGUGUGUGUGUGUGUGUGUGUGUGUGUGUGUGUGCGCGCGCGUGUGUGUUUGUGUGUGUGUGUGUGCGCGUGUGUGUUUGUGUGUGUGUGUGUGUGUAAUUCAUUAAUGACACAUAUGCACAUUAUAGCAUCUGCUCACAUAAAUGUGAUCAUUAUAAUUUCAGAGUGUGUUUUUUAUUCUUUUCACUUUGCCUUCUUCUUCUUACUAUUAGUGUUUUCAGUGCCAGACAAUAACCAGGUCCUUCUUCAGCCACGUCUUCAUAUUUUAUUGUGACUUUCAUUUAAGUGAUUCAUCUGCAUUUCGACUCAUCCAGAUCAAGGUUUAUAUUAUAAUUCUUCAAUAUUUUGAUUGGAAUAUUUUUAAAUCUCAUUUUGAAUUCAUUCCCUCCCAAUGCUCUGCUUCUGUUUAGUCAUUGGCUUGAUAUCGGGUGUUUGGAUGGUGCAAUGCUGAGGUAGUGAGAAAAAUACCGUUACAUUAUACCAGACCUUCAUGAUGUGAGCUGCAUGAAUGGAUUGACAGGACAAAACCUAUAGUACUUCCUUUUAAUGAAUAUCAGUGAGAUUUAUGGAUAUCUGCAAAGAGCUGUGUGGCACAGGUUUAAAGUUGAACGCCCAGAGUUUACAGAGGCUUUGUCUUGACAAUAUUAUAUACAGUGAGUUGGAAGGUUUACCAUGCUCGAAAUAGUUUUCACUGAUCCAUAAAAAAAGUACAACUAUGCUGUAAUCCAUCCACCACACUUGUCUGAUGUGUGGUCAAAUGAAGGCUGUAGCAGGAUGUAGUGUAGUGCAGAGGUCACUCUCACAAGUUAAAAUCAGUCACAUCACUGCUUAUUUCUUUAAUAAUGCAGUUGUGGUUUUAUUCAUUAGCACUUUGAGAUUGUUUUAAUGCAAUGCAUUAUUAUUAUUGUUAUUAUUAUUAUUAUUAUUAUUAUUAUUAUUAUUAUUAUUAUUAUUAUCAUUACUCAAAGCAGUGUCUGAAACUGACCAACAAUGAGUUAGAUACUGUUGAGGUCCAUGUCCCUCUUGUAUUACAGAUUCGAUAGCUGUGUCAGUCAUCAUCCCACCUUUUUGUUUGAAUCCUGCCUCAGGGGCAGCUCGACUUCUGCCCACAAAGCCUUCUAGCUUGUACUUUUUUUUGCAACUAUAGAGAAACAUCAAAUCAGAGGCACAGCACCACACCUCACUCCAGAAACGUGCGACUUUCGAGGUUUGGAACCAGGCCAAGAUUAUGCUACACAAACAUAAGGAUUUUGUCUCAAUUUGAUCUUUGUAGAUUUAAAAAAAAAAAAAAAUUGCAGUUCUUAUUCCAGCACUGACAUCUUGAGAAGAACAUUAACAAUUCAAUAAUGUCUUCAUCAUCUGGUUAUAUUCUGGUUAUUUUCGUUUUUGUACACACUGAAAAUGAUGUCAAAGUAUUUGAGGAUUUACUUUUGCCUUGUGUUUUAAUGUUUUCACAAUAAGCCUUUUAGAAUCGUCACAUUAUCACUCGGGACACUAAAGCUCUGCAUGUUUCUGCAUAUUUCGAUGAAAUCAAAAUCAAGAUGUGACUGAAUUCAGAUUCAGACCACCGUGUAUGUGUGACGACUAUUUGGCGGAUACAUCAGAGGCCAGAUCGGCCCUACAGUAUGUACAGCGUGUGAGAUAAGAAGUCUAUCAAACUCUCAGGGUGGUUGUUGAGAGUGUGUGUGUGUGUGUGUGCUGUGUGAGAACAGACCUCAGAUCAGCUCCCUGUGGCGUCUGUGUCCCCGAGACUCCGUCUCGCCCCGGGGUAGAGUCUAUUUUCUACCGUCAUGUUUGUCUUUGCCUUGCACGCACGGGAUAUGUACAAAACGACAUGAAGCCAACAAACGAAAAAACAAAGUUAUGAACAGAGUGUAAAUCCAUACCUAUACUUGUUAAUAAUUAUUAAAAAGUUGAUUGAGUUGUGUCAUAAA